AUGGCUACGCGCCGCGGGGCCGCGAAAGAGACGCAGGCAGAGAUACCAACUCCAAAGCCGCCUUCCUCCUCGUUGCCUGCCGGUACCGAACUAAGAUAUCUCCCGGGUGGCGUGCUAUGGAAAUUCAUACUCUACUCCGUGAUGAUUGUCUGCUGUCCUCUUGCGACAUACUACGGGACUGUUAACAGGGUAUUCGAGGGCAACAGUACAUAUGCUGGCGCAGCGGCGGCGGGAGCAGCAAACGUCGUGUUGAUCGUGUACAUCAUCUUCGCUAUACGAGAGGACAACGAGAUGGAGAAGAAGGCUACGGACGAGUUUAAGAAGAACAGGUAA